ACUUGCGCGUUUGGGGAAAGCAGAGGAAAAGUUGCCUACAGUCGUUAAAACAAUUAUGCAGAGAAUAUUUUUGGUGUUUAGUCUGUUUUCACAUAACCGGUGUUGUGGCAACAUAGACGGAAUUUAUACUUCAUUUUCUUCCACAAAGAUCCAGAAAGAUGGAUUACUGAAAUCCGUGGACAGUCCAAGGAAAUAUCAGAUUUGCCAGAAGUGAUGCUACUCCUUAAAGUGUUUGUAAGAGUUGGUGAAGGAUCUUUCCCUGAUCAUCAGUGUGUGUCUCAGAUGAGCAUGUUCAGCAUGGAUGUGGAGGAUUUCCCCCCUCCUCCCCCUGACAUGUUGGAUGAGGAAGAUGAAGGUGAGAGGUUUGAGUUUGAUGACAGUGGUGAUGAAGCCCCCGAGGCAGAUCGGCCACCCCCUGAACCUGAGGGAAUCCCCGUGCCUCCCCCCUGCUCAUCAGCAGCUGGGGACGCACCCGUAAAUAGAACAAGUCCAAACCCGGAGAACUUACUCACCGCAGAGGCUGAUCUGCCCCCUCCACCUCAGGACUGCCCCACUAAUAACAGCCCUUUGGCUCUUGCACCCUUCCCACAGUGUGAUCUACCCCCUCCUCCUGUAGAACUAGAGAGAGGGCCACCGGAGGGCGCUACAGGAGCUGCUGUUGACAGCGAGCAGGACAUGAACAGAGGUGCUGGUGUGGUUCCUACCUCUGCGUCCAACUCCAGGCUCAAAGUCAGCCCCUACUCUGUGAUUGACAUCGGCCCUAUCCAGCAGCAGCUGCUCUCAGAGCAGAGCGGCACUCCCUCCUCUCCCUCAGCCAAUGAGAGUGAAAACGACAUUUGGGAUGUACCCAGUAGCCCUGGGUUGUCCUCUGGGUAUUCAGUGCCAGUGCCAUGUGGUUAUGCAACGCCCUCAAAUGUGCCGUUGAUCCCACCAACCUACACCACCCCAGUUAUCAUCCGACACUUCUCUAUGGAUGAAGAUGUGACUGUGGUGGGAGCAGGAAAUACUCCAGUGGACAGUGGUAUGUCCAGUGUUUUCAGCGAAGAGUGUCCAGUCAUCAGAGAGGAAGAUGCUCUUGCUAAGUGGGUGUCAGACCCAGCGAACACGGCCUGGAUGGACAGUCCUGAUGAAGUGAUUUAUGAUGAUGUACCGAGAGAGAACUCUGGAUCCACUACAGACCCAGAUGAGAUGAUCUAUGAUGAUGUUGAGCUCGGGGAAGAGGGUGGCAGCAGCUCUCUGGACAACGGCUGGAGCUCCAGUGAGUUUGAAAGCUAUGAGGAAGCCAGUGACACAGAGAAUGGACAUGGAGAGAACGGCCUCCCCGAUGCCUUUGUCAGGGGCCGUGCACCCAGCAAGAAAACACACCUGUCUGAAGAUCUGGUGCGUUUGAAAGAGCACUAUGAGAGAAAGAUGCGAGAUCUCAUGGUAAACACAGUGGGGACAGUAGAGCUACAGCAGCUCAAACACAAACACGAACAAAAGAUGCAGCGGCUCGUAAAAGCAGCCAAAGAUGGAACUAAAGAUGGUCUGCAGAAAACCAAAGAUGCGGUCAGAAAGGGACGAUCUUUCAUUCGCACCAGAUCUCUCUGUCAUGAGAAGAAACCCAGCUGCUUUGAUGAAGAGUCAGAUCUGUUCAUUGAGGUGGAGUGUUUCAAUGUGGACCCUGUGCUGGGACCUGCACCAGAUGGGCUUUCUCAAUACCAGGUGAUGAGGAGGUGCAUUCUGGAGACGAUUCUAGAGAGUGAGAAGAAUUAUCUGGAAGCUCUGAAGAGAAUUUUAGAGCAAUAUGAGAAGUCCCUGGCUGAGAUUGAGCCUCGCUUACUGAGUGACCGCAAGCGUAAGGUGGUGUUUUACCGGAUACGUGAGAUCCUACAGUCCCAUGCCCUGUUCCAGAUGGCAUUGGCCAGCCGUGUGUCCGACUGGGAUGAGCUGGAGAUGAUCGGAGAUGUGUUUGUAGCAUCGUUUUCUAAGUCCAUGGUGUUGGAUGCUUACAGUGAAUAUGUGAAUAACUUCAGCUUGGCGAUGGGAGUGGUGAGGAAGGCAUGUGCCGCUAAGCCCAGUUUCCUUGACUUCCUCAAGCAUCGUCAGGAAACCAGUAAAGAUCAUCUGACCCUCUUUGGACUGAUGAUGAAGCCUAUUCAGCGGUUCCCCCAGUUCAUACUGCUGCUGCAAGACAUGCUAAAAAACACGCCUGUAGGUCAUCCCGACCGUCUUCCACUCCAGAUGGCUCUCACUGAACUGGAAACACUUGCCGAAAAAUUAAAUGAGAGGAAAAGAGAGGCAGAUCAGCGCUGUGAGAUCAGACACAUCGCUAAGGCUAUGAAUGAACAUUACCUCAACAAGCUGCUGAGCAGUGGCAGCCGUUAUCUGAUUCGUUCUGAUGACGUUGUGGAAACCGUUUAUAACGAUCGCGGGGAGAUCAUUAAGACAAAAGAACGGCGAGUCUUUCUUCUGAAUGAUGUGCUCAUGUGUGCCACCCCCAACUGGCGCCCCUCUCAGGAUGGUGUGAGUGUGGGACCCGGAGGUGAAGGUGUUCCCUCAGGGCAGCGCUUCCUGCUCAAGUGGAGCGUGCCUUUGAGUUUGGUUGAGGUCGUAGAGUUUGGCUCGAGUGAGGAGUUGGGCGAAUCACGAUUUCCCCCCUCGCACUCAGGAGAUAAAGUCGUCAUUAAUGCUAAACCUAAUAAAUUGUAUAUGGGUCCAGGGCAGCUUUACCAGGACCUACAGAACCUGAUCCAUGACCUGGGUUUGGUGAACCAGAUCUCCACUAUGAUCAGCAGUUUGAAGGGGAAUUAUCAGAAUGUUAAUGGGUCAGUGGCUCAGGAUUGGGUUUCAGGUCUCCAGCGCCUGAUUUUAAAGAAAGAGGAGGAGAUUCGGGCAGCUGAUCGCUGUAGGAUACAACUACAGUUACCAGGGAAACAAGACAAGUACGGUAGACCCACGUUCUUCACUGCAGUCUUCAACGCUUUCAGUCCAUCUAUCAAGCAAGCUUGGAUCAGUAAUCUGCAGAUGGCUAAAUUGGCUCUACUUGAAGACAACAUCCAAGGUUGGUUUUGUGCUGAAGAUGAUAAUCAGAUGAGGAAGCAGAACCAUCCUCUCUUACUCAAGCAGAUGGCUGUGGUCAUGUCCAAACUACAGGAGUUCAAGGUGGAGUGUGCAGUUCACAACCCUGAGCCUCAUGUGAACACUGACAGCACUGCAGAUCUGCCUGUUGUGGGUCACGGAUGUGUGUGGGUGGCCAGCUGCACCAAUCACAUGGGUCAGAUCUCCAUUGUGGCACUGCAGAACUCAAAUCCCAAAGUGACUGAGUGUUUCAAUGUGGAGUCUCGUAUUCUUUGCAUGACGUACGUGCCCAUGGGUGAACCAUUGGAAAAUGGCGAGAUAAAACCUGAAUACCAGAAAGCCGGUGAGACACCGACUGUGUGUCUGGGAAUGGAGGAAGGCAGUAUAUCUGUGUAUAAAAGCAGCCAACGGUCUAAGAAGGUUCGUCUGCAGCACUUCUUCUCCCCUGAUAAGUCUAGCGUCACAUGUCUGGUGUACAAGAGUGGCUGUCUGUACGCAGGCCUGGUCAGUGGUUCUCUGGUUGUCUAUUCCAGGGCUGAUGACGGUUCCUGGGUCGAGUCAGGGGCCCGUGUGCUGAAGCUGGGGGUGUUGCCGGUUAAAGCCCUGAUGGUGGUGGGUGAACACGUCUGGGCCUCAUCAGGAGGGCAGAUCUUCAUCAUCAGCACACAUACACACACUGUGGAGCGUCACUUUGAAGCCCAUCAGGAAGAGGGAAUGGUCGUGUCCCACAUGGUGGUGGCCGGGGUCGGGAUCUGGAUAUCCUUCAGCACCGGCUCCACCCUCCGACUCUUCCACACCGAGACUCUCGACCACCUGCAAGACAUCAACAUCGCCACAGCUGUCAACAACAUACUCCCAGGACAGCAGAGAGUCUCUGUGAGCAGUCUGUUAGUGUGUCAUGGACUGCUGUUGGUGGGGACCAAUCUCGGGGUCACAGUGGCCCUGUCCGUGCCCAGACUGCAGGGCAUCCCAAAAGUCACAGGUCGAGGAAUGGUCUCUUUUCAUGCUCACCAUGGCCCAGUCAAGUUCCUCACCAUGGCAACAGCAGUGUGUAAUGUCUCCCAAGCAACAAUGGCAACUCUCACCUCCAGCACACCCAGCCAGUGCCAGCCUGGGGCCCAUGAGGAGGAGGGAACCCAACUGGAUGAGAACUGCUCCGGACUGGGGCGCAGCAGCACCAGCUCUCCCUCACAUGCUCCAGUUCUCCAGGACUCCCUGUCCUCCUCAUGUGGCUCUCUGGCUCUGUCUCAGGGCUCUUUAGAGCACGGCCCAGAGGACGGGGCAAUAUACGACCUGCUGAAUGAGCCAGCGCACUUCCAGAAGGCCAAGCAGACUGAGAGAGUGAAUGUGAGCUCAGUGUUGGUGGUGUCUGGAGGACUGGGACACCGCAGAAUCAACAGAAAAACAAAACCAUCUAAGCAUGAGGAGAUGGUGUCCACCAUUAUGGUGUGGCAGAUACCACUGCCCAGCCUGUGAGGGCAAAUAAUUGAGGAUUUCAUAGAACAGUGAGGAUCAGGUUUAGUCUGGAUGCAGCUGCACAAACACCAGUGUCUAUGUGUCAAUCUUUUUUUUUCUUUUACUCAUCUAAUGAUUUUUUUACUGUAUGUCUUCUUUAUAGGCCAUUGCACGUCAUAGAGAUCAGUUGCUUAGACUGUCCCUGCAUUCAGUCAUGGGACAAGGAAAAAAAGAUUAAUGAAUGAAGGGAAAAAAAAGAAUGUGUUCCAGGAAUGAGCUAUACUACCAAGUACUCGGUCAUGAAUCAGAGAAAUGUGUUUUACCACUCGACACAUUCAGCCUAAAUUAAAAAGUGCAUUUGUGAAAAUGUCAGUACCACUGCAGUGUGAUAAUAUUCAGGUCUAAUUGUGGUGAUAUACAUUUAACAUUUUGAACUACUAUAUAAUUACAUUUCACAAAAAAGGAAGCAGAACAUAGCAAACAGCAGAACUCAUGCUAUCAUUUGUCACAUUUUAAACAUGCUUACCUGCAUCUCUUCAGCUCUUUAAUUUCAUGUGCUUUUCUUUAAAGAACAUUCAUGAAUGGACAUGACAUCUCAAAAUGUUUGCUUCCAGGAAUGUUUGUUAUUUUAAAGAAGUCCUAAAACAAUUGUUGAAUCUGGUUUUAUCUGAGGUUUCUGGCCUUUAGAUUGGCCUCUGUGAAUGGCUACAUACUAUGACUGACUUGUAUGGGAUUCUCUGGCGGGCCAGAGUUUCUGUUUGGGUUCUGUAGUGAAGUUGGUGUCCAGUGAUGUCCAAAAAAAUUUAAUU